AACGGGGUGACUGCGCAGGCGCGAGCGGCGCGGUCCGCGCGAGGCUCUUCCGCUGGGUGACCCUCCGACCCUGCUGUCCCGGCGCGGCCAUGGCAGUUGUCAGGGCCCUGGUGGCUCCCCGGCUGGCGGCGGCCUCCACGUUCGCGCCGCUCCCCGGCCUGCGGCCGCUCCUGCCCCACAAACCAGCGCCGUCCCCGCGCGCGGCCCUCCACGGCUCCGCGCCGCGCCCUGGGGCCAGGGUCGCGCUGGUGCUGUCCGGGUGCGGGGUCUACGACGGGACGGAGCUGCACGAGGCCUCCGCGGCGCUGGUGCACCUGAGCCGCGGCGGCGCUGAGGUCCAGAUCUUCGCUCCUGACGUCCCUCAGCUGCAUGUGAUUGACCACACCAAGGGGCAGCCUUCUGAGAGCGAGAGCAGGAAUGUUCUGACGGAGUCGGCAAGGAUUGCCCGCGGCAAGAUCACCGACCUGGCCCAGCUCAGCGCCGCCAACCAUGACGCAGCCAUCUUCCCUGGGGGUUUCGGAGCCGCCAAAAACCUGAGCACGUUUGCCGUGGACGGGAAAGACUGCAAAGUCAACAAAGACGUGGAGCGCGUCCUGAAGGAGUUCCACAAGGCGGGGAAGCCCAUCGGCUUGUGCUGUAUUGCCCCCGUCCUCGCGGCCAAAGUGCUCCGUGGCGUGGAGGUCACCGUGGGCCAUGAGCAGGAGGAAGGUGGCAAGUGGCCGUACGCCGGGACCGCAGAGGCCAUCAAAGCGCUGGGCGCCAAGCACUGUGUGAAGGGUGUGACAGAAGCACACGUGGACCAGAAGAACAAGGUGGUCACCACCCCGGCCUUCAUGUGCGAGACCGAGCUGCACCACAUCCACGAUGGGAUCGGGGCCAUGGUGGCCAAGGUGCUGGAGCUCGCCCGGAAGUGACGCCGCAUGGCCGUGCGCUCCACUUCGUCGCCCAGGCGAGCUGCUGGCCUGUUGGCCCGUCCUCCCUGAACAUGGCAGGAGUUUAUUUUUCUGCUUCCGUCUGUGGGUGUUUCCUACCUGAGAGCUCGUGGCGUGCCUGGGGUUGGGCAGGCGGGUGUGAGUGCCGCCCCCCACUCAGCUCCCCUUCCUUCCUCGGGGGCCGAGCGGCGGCUGGCACCCCCUCUCAGCCUUUGGGGUGUACAAGCGACUUGAUCCCAGUGUAGCCCAAAAAUUAAGAUCAGGGUUCAGCUUUCUCAGGAAAAGUAUCAGGUAAACAUGUGAUUCUGUAAUCUUAGAAUACUUGCUUCAGAAUCUUAGUGUUUGGAAGGGAAAGGGGAUUUGAAGUGUGUCAAUGUAGUCAUCAGAAACCAGGAACAUGCUAAUUCACAGUGAAAGGUCCUCUAAUCUGGAGUAAAUACAUACUAAUUAAAACCUCAUGGGGAUUUCGGUACCAGGCAGGCCCUUUGGCCACCAGCAAUAAAGUCCUUUGGAAAAUGGACACCGCCAGCUGCGUUUCGGGUCUGACACUGGCAGAUGAGGAAUGUAAAUGAGGUUUCUGAAACUAAUCUCAGUUCUCUAAACACCAGGGAGAAAGGGAAGUCACAGACGCUCGGCCUGCGUGGUUGACCUGCUGGGUGGUGACUGUUGGGUUGGUCCCAGGCCACAAAUGGCGGCUCACACGGGACGUAGAGCAGGAGCAGUAAAUUCUGCCAUGUUCA